GUGGCGCGGGGUUACCAAAAUUCUCGAGUUCGUCAUCAUUUUGUAGGAGUGCUAUAUUAGUAGCAAACAGAUAAUAAAUUAGCAGUUAUCAUCUGACAGGCUACACAGAAACAAUUCCAUUUCUACAAUCCGUUAUUUUGGUCAUUUUAUACUUUGGCAUGUCGAUGUCUAACGGAGAUUAUGUUCGGAUACCACUUUCUGGGAGUUUUGAAGAUCAAGUGGACCAAGAACUUCAAGGGACUUUAGAACAUAAUACUAACAUUGAAAGUCCAAAAACGGAAUCAAGCCUGGGUCCUUUCAGCUUUAAGUUCUACCAACAGUACUUCGAUGUUGAUACAAGUCAGGUUCUGCAUCGUCUUGCCUCUGCAUUCAUACCUAAUCCGCGUAUAAAUUUCAUUCAACAUUCUCUGAAACCUCGAGCUGAUCUCUAUGGUCCAUUUUGGAUUUCAACUACGUUGAUGUUAGCUGCUGCCAUCGGGGGGAAUAUAUCCAACUAUUUGCAGUCACGUCGUGAGGUAUCUUCAUGGCAUUAUGAUUUUCAGAAAGUUACGCUGACAUCAACUAUCAUUUAUGUGUAUUGGUGGCUAACACCAUUGCUGUUGCAUGCAGUUAUGCACAUUCAUCGUAAAAACAAGAAACCCCAGUCAAACGAUGCUGAAAGCGAUCUCACUGACCUAUUGGAACGUUCCGACACUGAUUCAUCAUCAUUUCACAAUGCGAAAAAUGCAAAUAAAUUCUUCGAUGUUCUGUCGACCUAUGGUUAUUCAUUAGCAGUUUUCGUUCCUGUUGCAAUUUUAUGGACAAUUCAGAUUGAUAUACUACAAUGGUUAUUGUUCUUAGUUGGAAUAGGAAUUUCUGGGGCAUUCCUAGUAUUUGCUUUAAUGCCUAGUAUACGCAAAGAAUAUCCAAAGCUUGCAACACCAAUAAUGAUCGUUAUAAUUGUAGUACAUUUUGGUUUUUCAUUAGCUCUAAUGGUAAGUUGUUAAAAUUCAUGUCGUUAUUUUUAAAAUAAUUUUCAGAAUAUCAAAUAUUUAACGCAUAAUCAUUCGUAGAUAGAUUUCCAUUAAAAAAACAGUUUACAUUGUUAUUAUCUAAGGUUCUUUUACAGUGUUAUACUCCUAUUUAUCGAAUGUGUCGUAAACACUAAACAAUAAUAUAUAUUUAAACUACACAUUAUGAAAUCUACAUUAAGCGUCAGCUGAUUGAUUAGUUAUUAAAUCUCUCAACUUUUUACCACUUAGUCAUUGGUUUGAAUCCGUCGCCAUCUGAUUCGGUUUGUGUAAUAUUACUAACCGUCAUAGAGUGUUAUUCAAAGCCUAGUAUAUAAAUGUGAUAAGAAAAAAGUAAAUAAAUAAAUAACGUGAUUUUAAUUGUGCCGAAUCUUGGAAAUCUCUAUAUGGAACUCAAUUAUUUUAGUUUUGUCGAUUGGCCAGUAAUUAAGCGUUUCAGCCAAUAAUGUAUUUAUUGUCUGGAUACUGUCGCCGUAUCGGUUACCUGUAUUUGGUGAUCGGUCUCGUGUAUCGUGAUGGCUAAAUCAAGCUAUAUUGGUUGUAACACUUUCAAUUAGAGUCCUAUCAUACCAAGGAGAGUAGUAAAACUUAAAUCGGAGAAUGAAGUUGCUUUGUUGGCUGCACAAUGGUGUGACGGUACUGAGGUGUUGUCAAGACGUUUUUACCCUCUUUUUCCAUUAUGAGGUGACGAGGUUACUGCAGAUUCCGGUUGUCUAUGGAGGAACGCCUUACUGCCACCAAACCUCAAUUAGGUCACCACGAUACAGAAACUGACCAACACAUCAAAGGAUUAGCUGCGGUUGGGGUCGAAGAGUGGAUCAUAAUAACGCCGAUCUAUUCACUUUUUAUUUUCCUUUACAUCUUGAUUUUCGAUUGCCUUCUUUCAUGGAUCUCCACCUGUACUAGAUCCUCUAUCUCAUACUGGUUAUAUACAUCAACAAAAUGUUUUGGAAAAUAAUAAACAACUGUCAAAUAUCACUGUAUUAACUACUAAUAAGCCAGUAUAUCAUUAAUUCAUCUGUUAUUUUAGCUUGAGCACUGCUAUUUUAAGUAGGAAAUUUGUUAAACAACGGUAAUACUAUUAUUACUACUAACACUACUAUUAACUGUUAUAAACCUUUGUAUAGGUGCAGUUGAUUCUUUUCUUUCUGUUUGUUUAUUACUGCUUCUGUAUUGUACUAUCAUUUCCACAAUACAUAAAUGCAUGCAUAACACUGUGAUAUUCAUUGUGUUUCAUUUUUAUUUUAACUAUUUUCAAAAUAUACGGAUUACAUAGU